AUGUGGAAGAGCAAGGGCGAGAUAAAACACUCCGAAUUUCGUUUACAGGCGAUUUGUUCGGCCGCGACUAACGCCGCGGCAGCCGUCGGCGGUAUCGCCGAGGUCGCGAUUCACACGUCCGGGAACGCUCCCGGAGAUGACGGGUGUACGAGCUCUCGUCCUGACGCUACUUUAAAUCCGCGAAAAUAUCUCGCCGCUGUACGCGAGUACGCCUCGCACGGCUCAAAAUGCGCAGCCUUCCGCAUAAACACAACUAAAGACUCCUGGUACCUAGCGGAUUCCCGGCUGACACUUUUAAGUAGAGAAAGUAUCCCGUACGCGGAUGCGGGUACUUCGCUAAAAUACCUUGGUAUUAAAAUAUCUCCUUGGGCUGGAAUAGACAUCAAGGGCCUAAAAGAGAAUCUCUGCUCAGCGACCAACCGAAUAAGAAAGCUGGCGCUGAAACCAUACCAAAAGGUGAAUCUAAUCUCCACUUACCUAGUCUCACACUACCUGUACCAGUUGGUACUGGCAGUACCGCCAGUAACCUAUCUUAGGCAACUAGAUCAGGAGCUACGGGUAAUGAUCAAAGACAUUUACCACUUGUCGCAGUCCACAACGAACGGAUUAAUAUAUUGCGGCAAGAGAGACGAGGGACUAGAAUUCCCUAAGCUGGAAACUUUGGUGGUGAGUUCCAGUCUCAGGGCAGGACUUAAAUUCUUAAAGUCUUCGGAUCCGGUGAUGCGAGCUCUGGCAGAGGAGACAGGCAUGGUGAACCGUCUCAAGAGCCUGUCAGCCUCGGCCAGGAUAAAUUGGCCCCUAAGCCUGGAGGGGAUAAGGCGCUAUAAAAUAACGGCCAAGAAGACGGAGCUCGCAGCAUGGGCAACUCUGGUGACGCAAGGAAAGUCGGUUCAGUCUCUCACCGACGAUAAGUUUGGAAACGCCUGGCUUUACAAACCAACGCUCCUAAAGCCUGGAAGAUUCACAACGGCCCUUAGAAUGCGCACCAACACCACCGCAAACAGAGUAGCAAUGAAUAGAGCUGGCCCGGUGGCGGAUGUAAGGUGUAGAAAAUGGAAGGCCAUGUAUGACUUCCAAACGAGAGACAUUCACUCGUAUGCUCAACUGAAGCAAGAGAUAGAGGCGUGCUAUUUGGCAAAAAGAAGCGCGUCGCACUUACAGAAUGAAUUUUAUACGCAAAGGCAGAAGCCUGGCGAGAGCGCGCGCGAAUACGAAGCACGCGUGGAAAAGCUAUCAGUGGAGUUCUAUCAGGCCCUGAUUGAGGGCAAGGCGAGAACGAUCGAACAGAAAAAGGCGAUACAGGAGACUAUCCAGGGAAUGGCCCUAGAGGUAUUUCAGUCCCGAGUUAGGACUUCGUGA